CCACAGGCUGCUUUCACAACAGACCGGCACAAGUCUCCUCUGCCUGCCCCGACCCGUCGCAACCAUGCUGUCUUUCUUUAAACCACACGGAGCCCAUUUACGUUCCCUCGGCCAAAUCUAGCGGCAGACGCGAAAGCUAUGCGGCUUCUCCACUUUGACCAGCCAGAGAGACUUGUCUUGACAGACUUCCGCGGCAAGCUGACCCCGCCCUACGCCAUCCUGUCGCACAGAUGGAGCGAUUCCGAGAUCCUCCUUGAAGACAUAGCGAGCGGAGCCUACGUGAAAAAGGAAGAAGGCUAUCGAAAACUUAGAUUCUGCGCUACACAGGCGGCCCAGGACAAUCUGCGAUACUUCUGGAUCGACACAUGCUGUAUCGAUAGAUGGAAUCGCAGCGAUCGCUCAAAAGCGAUCAACUCGAUGUUUCGGUGGUACAAGAGCGCGACACGAUGCUACGUAUAUCUGUCAGAUGUCUCCCUAUCCACUACGACAGAGACACCCGAGCGUAGCAACUGGGAGGCGUCAUUCCGUGCAAGCGCAUGGUUCACUCAAGGGUGGACGCUUCAAGAGCUUAUCGCGCCAGAGUCUGUCGAGUUCUUCUCUUGUGAAGGACAGCGCAUAGGCGACAAAUUAUCGCUCAAUCAGCUAGUUCACAAGAGGACUGGCAUUCCAAUCGCAGCGUUGCGCAACUGUCCAUUGGACCAGUUUAGUACAACUGAACGAAGGCGGUGGGUCGAAGGUCACGUAACGACGGAAGAAGAAGAUAUUGUAUACUGCCUACUUGGAGUGCUCAAUAUCUUUAUGCCGACUAAUUAUGGCGAAGGAAAGGAGCGUGCACUAAAAAGACUACAGGCUAAAGUAGAUAAAGCUAGUAAUGCACCGUCAAUCGUUCCGUUCUCCCAGAAUGACCGCUUCGUGGGCCGGGGGCCACAGCUCGCCGAACUAGAAGCAAAGCUCUUUAGCAACAAACAGGCCACCUCCAUAACAGCAAUAGUCGGGCCUGGUAGGACAGGAAAGUCGCAGCUCGCGCUUGAGAUGGAUGCGAGUGAUAACGACAGUCUCUACCAGUCAUACGCAAGUGUUGCGCAGAAGCUUAGUAUUCCUAGGUGGGACGAUGAUCAGCCAGACAUGAAGCGCAUGAUGCAACAAUGUGUGGCAGAACUAAGUGCGCGGCAGUGUUUACUGAUCUUCGACAAUGUAGAAGACGUGGUUCUACGAUCCUAUGGCUCAUCCACGGCGGAAGCUGGUGACCUGGCCGACUAUCUACCGCAGUCUACGCUUUGUUCUAUUGUAUUCACGACGACAAAUAGCGACACAGCUAAGACGCUUGCCCCGAACAAUAUUAUAGCGCUGCGAGAGCUCACACCGGACACAGCGCUGAGGAUGCUACAAAACCACUUAGCAACGCCACUCUCGAAUACCGGGCAGCAGGAAGCUGAGAUCUUGCUAAGUGAGCUAUUAUAUCUGCCUCUAGCAGUUGUACAAGCAGCAGCCUGCAUAAAUGCUAGCGGCAUGCCAGUACAAGAGUACCGAGCACAACUAGGCGAGCAUAAAAAAGCUGCCUUCGAGCAUAGUAGCUCCCUAGGGAGCAAGCUGUAUGGGCAUGGCAUAGAUGAUCCUGUAGCAGCUACACUGUUUGUGUCUAUGAGCCACGUCUAUGCGCUCGCCACAAACUAUCUGUUCUUCGCUGCAUGUGUAGAGCGAAAGGAUAUUCCACUUGAUAUUUUUGAGGGAGCUUCAUUAAGCGUGAGGGAAUAUGCUGUUAAGGUCCUUAAAAAUUACGCGCUUGUUACGAGGCGCCCUACAGACUCUGCGCUCGAUCUUCAUCAAUUAGUGCAUCGCGCCCUACGCGAGGACCUGCGAAGGCAUGGACGGCUCCAACAAUGGACUCAGCGAACUAUCACGCAGCUACUACAAGUGUUUCCAGAUAUGACGGAAGGUAUGAAGAGGCGGAGAAGCUAUUCGUGCAGGUAA